AUGCAUUGUUUGUUACUGAGUGUAGAAAUCCAUGCUGUGUUUGGUCAUUGUCUUAAUGAUCAGCAAUCUCUGAUGGUUCAAUUGAAGAACACCAUCAAAUUAGACAACAACUCAAACUGGGAUGAGAAUUCCGAUUGCUGUGUUUGGGAGGGUGUAACAUGCCACAAGGGUCUAGUCACUGGUCUUAGCCUGCGAGGCAAAACAGCGUGGGUUAUAUCUAAUCUCUCUGCUAUCUGUGAUCUUAAAUAUCUUGAGAGCUUGGAUUUGUCCCACACAAUGGUAUUUUAUUCUCUAAUCCCUUCAAGGAUUGGUGAGCUCAAAAAUUUAAGAUAUCUAAAUCUUGCAGAGGCUGGAUUUGUAGGCCAAGUUCCAAAAGAGAUUGCACUACUCACAAGGUUGGUGUCUCUGGAUUUGUCUAGCAGAUCCUUCUGGCCGACCCCCCAACUUGUAAACCCGAAUUUGAGCUUCCUUAUUCAGAACCUCACUCAGCUUGAAGAAUUAUAUCUUGACGGUGUAAAUGUAUCAUUGACUGGGAAAGAGUUGUCCAAGGCCUUAUCAUCUUCACUGCCAAAUCUGAGAGAGUUGAGCAUGAUUGCAUGUUCUAUAGCAGGGCCAAUUGAUAUGUCACUUUUGAAGCUCAAGUCUUUGUCUGUGAUUCAUCUGGAUUUUAACCAUUUUUAUUCUCCAUUUCCAAGAUUCAUGUCAGAAUUUUCAAGACUGAGAUCGCUGAGUUGCCUUUCUUGCGGCUUCAGUGGAAUUUUUCCCGAAGAGAUCUUCCAGGUACCAACACUGCAUGCUCUUGAUAUGUCACAAAAUGAAUUACUUGAAGGUUCUUUGCCAAAUUUUCUCCCGAAUAAUUCUAUUGAGAGUAUAGUGAUUAGCGACACCAAGUUUUCAGGGAGAUUACCAAUUUCUAUUGGUAACCUUCGAAAUUUAUCGAGAUUAGAGCUUGCCAACUGUGAAUUCAAUGGAACACUUCCAAAUUCUAUGGCAGAGCUCACCCAACUUGUUUAUGUUGAUUUGUCAUCUAACAAGUUCACCGGUUCGAUCCCAUCUUUCAGUAUGUCCAAGAACCUGACCAAGAUAAACCUUUCUCACAAUGACUUAAGCGGUGCCACUACUUCAGCUCAUUGGGAAGGUCUUUUAUAUCUUGUUGAUGUUGACUUGUCAUAUAAUUCUCUCAAUGGCAGUAUUCCCCCAUCUCUGUUUUCACUUCCCUCAUUGCAAAAUAUUCAACUUUCCUGCAACAAAUUUAAUGGUCUCGUUCCCGAGUUUCCAAAUGCACCUUCCAUGAUUUUGGAUACCCUGAAUUUGAGUCACAACAACCUAGAAGGACCUAUUCCAGGCUCCAUCUUUGAACUAGGAAAACUUACAAACCUCCUACUUUCUUUCAACAAGUUGAAUGGCACCAUACAGGGCCAUACAUUUCGGAGGCUUGAAGAACUUGUUCAUCUUGAUCUUUCAUACAAUAACUUGUCAUUCAAUAUAAGUGGUAAUGAUUCUCUUGUGCCUUACCUACCAAAGCUUGAAACAUUAAAACUGGCUUCUUGCAAUCUGAGUGCAUUUCCUGAUGUGAAGAAUCAUUCAAGCCUUACAUUCUUGGACCUUUCAAUCAACCAAAUUUCUGGGGUGAUACCAAAUUGGACUUGGGAACUGGGAAAUGGAUCGCUUAAUUAUUUGAAUCUGUCAUUUAACCAGCUAGUUGGAAUACAAGAGCCUUAUAUUUUUCCUCCUCUUCUCGGUGUGCUCGACUUGCACUUUAACAUGCUCCAUGGGAAGCUCCCAAUACCACCAACCCCUAUCUAUGUAGACUUGUCUAACAAUUAUUUUUCAUCUUCCAUUCGAGCUGAUAUUGGAAAGAAUCUUUCCAAUGCUGUUUUAUUGUCCCUUUCAAACAACAGUCUGACAGGAUUUAUACCGGAAUCCAUAUGCCAAGGUGUAGCCCUUGAAGUUCUAGAUUUGUCCAACAAUGGUUUAAGUGGCAGAGUACCAGAUUGCAUUCCUCAGAUGAGUCAAAAGCUUUAUAUAUUGAAUCUACAGAAGAACAAUCUGAGCGGCCCAAUUCCUAAUGCAUUUCCAGUUAAUUGUUCACUUAAGACUUUGCAUCUCAAUGGAAAUUCCAUACAAGGUCAGGUUCCUGAAUCAAUAUCAAAGUGUACAAAGCUACAGAUUUUAGAUCUUGGUAACAAUCAAAUAAUUGAUGGUUUUCCUUCUUUUUUUAUGAGCAUAUCCACCCUGCGAGUCCUUGUUUUGCGGUCCAACCGCUUCCAUGGAUGCAUUAAAUGUCUCAAUACCAGCAGCAGCAAUACUUGGACAACGCUUCAAUUGUUCGAUGCAGCUUACAACAAUUUCAGUGGUGAACUCUCAUCAUGCUUAUCAAGAGGGAUUGGGAAGGCACGGACGUACCAAGCCAACGAAGCUCAAUCGCAGCUGCAAAAUGAGCUUAUAUUCCAGUAUACAGGAGGACUGGCCUUCAUGAUGUCUAUGUUUGAAGAUGAUUUACUGUUUUACUAA